AUGUCGUCAAGGAAUAUUGUCAUUCUUCCGCCUUCUUUAACGUCAUCUUUCCAAUUCAAGUCCGGUUCAUCUAAGAUAAUAUUUGCUGCUCGAGAGACUGAAAAAGAGCUUGAACUAAGGCUAAAAUGUUUGGAUCCGGACCCGAGGGUUCGUACGGAUGCUAUGAACGAGUUGGAAGCAAUGUGUGCAGAUGGAAGGAUGAUAUCGGUCGAGAGUUAUCCACUAAUAGCAGAGUUGAGCACAAAUUCAGCAAAAAGUGUCCGUUUAAGUGCACUACGAUUGGUUUUGAUACUCGCUGAACGUUACCCUGAAUAGUAGGUUUAUUUUUCUUUGUUUUUUGCUGUUUAGAUUGGGAAAGCAUAUGUAAUUUGACUAGAAAUACGAAUAUUUUGAUGGAAGAAAGGCUGUUAUAGUACAAUAUCUUCUUUUUAUCAUAACUUUUGUUCAAAGGUGGAUUGAGGCUUGGUGUUUUUUGAGAUCGUAGAUUGUUUAAUGUAAUAACUAACUCAACAACAUAAAUGAUGAAAGCGGCUAUAAUUUUACAGUGACAGCGAUCUUAAUUUACCAUACCUAACAUAUCAGCUAACAUAACAUACUUUUCAGCCAAGUUCGAAAUGAAAAAGGCUUCAAUAUCCGCCUGCAUGAUGAUGCUUUUGUCCAAGUAUGUCACGCUGUAAAUGACAUCGAAACUGACGUUCGUGCUGAAGCAGCACGACUUCUGGGCGAGUUUUCGUGUGUUUCCGACAGCUUCCUGGAUCAAACCCUAGACAAGAAGGUGAUGAAAACAAUGCAAUAUGCCUAUGACGACAAAAAUAAGAUGAACACGACAAAGUUUCGACCGUCAAGUGGUUGGUCGGUAGGGAAAAAGCUGGGUGAAGAUGUGCCAAUUGAGAUUGAUGGUGAGGAGAAGGAUGCCAUGAUACCUAUGGGAGCUUGUGGAGCUUUUGUGUCCGGAUUGGAGGAUGAAUUCAUGUGUAAGUUUAGAGGGAGUUAUUGGGAAUGUCAUAAAAUGGCAAGAACUUUGUUUACAGGCAGAAAAAUGGCAACAAAAUUUUUUAAAAAAACACAAAACGGCAAGAACUUUCUUUACAAAACAAAAGAUGGCAAGAACUUUCUUUAAAAAACAAAAAAGGGCAAGAACUUUGUUUACAAGCUAAAAAAGGGCAAAAAAUUUCAAAUUUGAUUUAAAAUUUGUAUUUCAAGUAACAUACAUAUGUUAUUGUAGGUGUUCGUCAAGCCGCGGUCUUCUCUCUGGGCCGUUUGGCCGCCAGUCGAUCGGAUUUCGCGCGCCAAUCAAUCGACCACUUGGCUGACAUGUUCAACGACGAAAUGCAACAAAUCCGCCUCGACGCCAUCAAAGCCAUGACACCGCUGAUCGUGCACGGCACGUUGGACAAGGAACAAUUGAACACGAUUCUGAGUGUGCUGUCCGAUGCCAUUCCUGACAACCGACUGGCGUUGCAUUCGCUUCUGGGCAUGGCGAAUUUCGCCGAGUUUUCCUGUGUUUUGCAAGUAUUGAAGGCGCUGCAGGACUCGAUGAGAAGGUACCCGAGGGAUCGAAAUAGCAUUUUUAGGUAAGAAAGUUGGGAUUUUUGAAAAAUUUUAUUGAAAUUUAAAAAUUUUUGAAAUUUUGAAAUUUUUUAAAAUCAAAAUUUUUGUUUGAAAUUCAAAAUUUUUUCAAAUUUUAGAUGUUUGAGUCAAAUUGGACGCCGACAUGCCAUUUUGGUACAACCGUUGGUGCCAGAUCUACUAAACUUACAUCCGAUAUUCGAUGCUCACGAACAGGAUGUCAACGAUGACUUUUGUAGGUUGAUAAUAAAAAAAAUUGGAAGAAACUUUGUUUACAAAAUGAAAAAUGGCAAGAACUUUCUUUAAAGAGCAUAAAAUGGAAAUAAACUUUCUUUACAAUGCGUAAAAUGGCAAGAACUUUCCUUACCAAACGAAAAAUGGCAGGAACUUUCUUUACAAGGCUUAAAAUGGCAAGAACUUUCUUUACAGAGCAUAAAACGGCAAAAACUUUCUUUACAAGACAAUAAAUAUUAGUUUUUUUAAAAUUUAGUCCUACUAAUCCUCAACCUUCAGACUUAUGCAACCUAAUAUUAACUUUGAACGCGGCCCACAUCCAGCCGCAGAUAUGCUCCAUAAUACCCGAAUAUAUAAUCAAGCACUAUCGUUACCUAAGGCACUCGAAUCUGGACUUGAUUCCACAAAUCGCAACGUUCGAACGGAAACGCGACACAAAAGCCAUUUUUGACACAAGUACGACGAAAAAACGCGCAUGUCAGGAUAGUAUCAUCAAACAUCUCCACAUGAUAUACUGUAGAAUGUUCGAAGCCUGCGCCCACCCCCUUUUCGAAGACAAAAUGCAACUUCUGAAGCUGAUUUUGAGGUAAAUUACGGUUAAAAAUGGCAGAGUUUUGGGAGUGUUUCACGGUGCAAGGAAUUAAUUGGCUUGCACUGUGCAACGAUUUAUUUUACUUUUGCACCGUGCAACGAAGUUUGUUUUUUUUACUACAUUAUUUGAGCCGUAUUUUAGGCAACAAAUGUUGUCUUAUCUUUUUGGCUGGCAUUGUAAAAGAAUAUUGAAAUGAUUUUUAAUGAAUUUGCUUUGAAAUUAAAGGCAGAGUAAAAUUUUUUUAAAUAACUGCACUGUGCAAACAAAUUAAUUUCUUGCACCGGGCAGACCAAUUGAAUUUUUUUGCUAUUUUUAAUAUUUUUGGCAAUUUUAGAAAUACUAAAUCUUUUUUUUAAAGAAUAUUUUUGUUAAUAUUAUAUAUACUUUUGUUGACAGGUAUAUGAAUUUAUUUUUUUCGUAUUUGAGAGACCUAAAAAGUGACCGACAACACUUCCGAAGACUUUUCCUGCCCACUACAGUUUUUGAAAAUCGUUGGCGAUUUGAUUUUAAAUUACAAUCUGUGUGCACGAAGGCAGUACGAUGAGGAAAGGGUUAUGGAUGUUAUUGAAGAGGUCGGUUUUUAAACUUUAAAAAUUUUAAGAAAAUUUUGGGUUGAAAUUUAAAUAUUUUGAAAAAUUUUUGGGGUCAAUAUUUGUUUUUUUUUAAAUUUUGUAAGUAAUUUUCUCAAAAGAAAAUCAAUAUUGGCAUUUAGUUCUACAAUUAAUUUUUCAAAAAAAUCAAUAUUGACACUUACUUUUUCAAUCAGUUUUUAAAGAAGAUCAAUAUUGACAUUUCGCUUUCAAUCAAUCUUUCAGAAAAAAUCAAUAUUGACACUUCGUCUUUGAACGACUUUUCAAAAAAUCAAUAUUUGCAUUUUGUGCCUCAAUAAAAUUCAAAAAUCGAUAUUGAAAUUUCGUUUUUCAGAGCCUAGCCCUAAUUUCCCAGCUAAAAGUACUAUUUUUGGGCGUGGACAAACGAAUCAAAGCGUUUCUAACUGAAAUGGAAUUCCAAUUACGAUUGCUUCACAUGUUCCGAAGGGUCGGACUGAAUCAGAACGAUGAUUGGUCAGGGAUCAAUGAGUUGAUCGUGAACAUGAUUAACAAUGUUCAGACGUAAGGGAUUUUAAUAAUGAGGAACGAAUAUUGUUUACUGCAAGAACUUUCAUUACAAAACAAAAAAUGGCAAGAACUUUCUUUACAAAACAAAAAAUGUCAUUUAUCGUAUAAAUUGUCAUCCGCAGGCUGCGACAGGCAAAAGUCGCUGAAAUUGCAUUCAACUGGUAAGAACUUUCUUUACAAAACAAAAAAUAACAAGAACUUUGUUUACAAAACAAAAAAUGGCAAGAACUUUGUUUACAAAACAAAAAAUGGCAAGAACUUACUUUACAAAACAAAAAAUGGCAAAAACUUACUUUACAAAAAAAAUGGCAAAGACUUUCUUUACAAGCUAUAAAAUGGGAAGAACUUUUUUUACAAAACACAAAAUGGCAAGAACUUUCUUUACAAAACAUAAAAUGGCAAAAACUUUCUUUACAGAGCUUAAAAUAGCAAAAACUUUAUUUAAAAAAUGAAAAAUGGCAAGAACUUUCUUUAAAAAACUCAAAAUGACAGAAACUUUCUUUACAAAACUAAAAAUGGCAAGAACUUUGUUUACAGCUCAUUUUCCUCCACACUAUACCUAUAUUACCUUACUUUUUCAGCCAAGUAACCGAGCUAGAAGUGGAUCCAUCACAACAAAACCAAUCCAUAUGUUCAUGGCUACACGAACUUGCUCAAACUCAUCACGACACUGCACGAUCGACGUCGAAAUCGCUGAAGAAGAUGGCUCUAAUGCCAUUGUUAUCAGCCUCGACGUCGAAGGCGUUGGACGAAAUCUCCAAAAAUCUAGUUGGACUACCCAAAAUGAGCUUCGACCUCGGCCGGCUGAAGCGAAAAUCAUGCACGAAUCUGGAGUUUUGGCACGCUGGCACAUGGCUGAACAGUGAAAGUGGCACGUUGAGAUUCGUGGCCGGAAUACCAGCUGGACUGGAUGUCUACUCGACGGUCUUCAAUAUUGAUGAUGAGGAUAAGAAGAACUUUAGGGUUGAGGUAAGGAGAUUUGGUGGGCAUGGAAAAGGGUAGGAUAGGGUAGGGUAGGGUAGGGUAGAGUAGAGCAGGGUAGGGUAGGGUAGGGUAGGGUAGGGUAGGGUAGGGUAGGAUAGGGUAGAGUAGGCAGGGUAGGGUAGGGUAGAGUAGAGUAGGGUAGGGUAGGGUAGAGUAGGGUAGGGUAGGGUAGGGUAGGGUAGGGUAGGGUAGGGUAGGGUAGGGUAGGGUAGGGUAGGGUAGGGUAGGGUAGGGUAGGGUAGAGUAGGGUAGGGUAGGGUAAGGUAGAGUAGAGCAGGGUAGGCAGGGUAGGGUAGAGUAGGGUAGGCAGGGUAGGGUAGGGUACACUAGUCUAAUAAUGGAAUAAUAUUGGUAGGAUACUGUAUUUUCUUUCUUUAACCAAUUUUCCCAUUUCCAGGUCAGAUACCCGGACAAACGUCGAUAUUAUCAUAAGCCAAAGCCAUCCGACUUCAUCGAAGUAGCGGACAGAGAAUUCCGUUUCCAAAGCACGGUCUUCAUAAUAUCCGACGAGGCGUGGGCCGUCCAGUCCGACAUUCGGCUAGCAUGUGGAAUAUUAUUGGAUUCGGAAAUGACCGGCUUCGCUUCGGAUUCAGAAGACCACAAGGCCUUCGUACCACUCAUGAACUACAAACAAUCGUCGAAGGAGCAGUACGCCGAGCUGCGGAUCUUCCCCAUGACAAGAUGUUGA